AUGUCUCUAUCAGGCGAACCUGAAGCUCUUGCUUCUAAGAUUACCGCGGCUGAUUCUGGAGCUCCAAGCUCUCCAAUUGUCUCCAACGCAGCAACAAAGGGUGAAGGACUGAAGUCGAAGCUGGGUGACGAGGAGAAAAAGACAGAGCAUCAAUCACCGGACUCCGAUUCUCAGAAGACACCCGCUUCCCAGCCUACCCAUAAGGAGCCUGAUCUCAAGGAUGAAACAAGGACUAUUGAGAAUGAUAUCCCUCACAAGAAGGCGGAUGAGGAGAACGGAGAGACUCCGGAACCCGAGAAGGAGGUCGGGAAAGACCUUGGACAAAAGAAGGAGGAAUCAGGCGACAAGAGUGAUGAGGAAAAGCUUCUAAACACUAGCGAGAAGGACAAGGGUGGUGAAUCCAAGGAAGAAGGCAAGGAGGCGGCGCCAUCCGAGGAAAAGGAUACCAAGGGCCAGAAGACUGAAGACGGUGACAGUAAUCCAAAAGAGAAAGCUGACAGCAAAGACUCCGACAAAGCCAACGAGAAGGGGAGUAACGAUAACAAGAACGAGAGUCCAGAAGUCCCUACGCCUCCUUCGUCCAAGGAUUUGGGUGUCGAUGGCUUCCUGGCUUCACCGCCUGAAAAGGCUAGCACUUUCCAGGAGAAGGACAGAAGUUGGGAUGCUGAUGGAUAUACGGCUACAAAUGGCCUAGAUGACUUCGCCAAGAAACACGAGGCCUCUCAGCUGGUUGAGGGCCAAUGGGUGGAGAUACUUGAGAAUUGCAAUGCCAUGUAUGGCUGGUGCGUCGACGGCCCAAACAAGCAGAUCGUCCGGGCCCCAAAGCCUGGUAGGUAA